CAAUCUUCACCCACUCACAAGCUGCAUAUUCUACAGAUUCACGUCCACUUUGAAAGAGAGUCGGAAUCAAUGCGUGAUUGGGCAUUGGUAGCCCUAGGGCUGGCGUGAAGUUGCGUUCAGCGUGUCGUGUGUGGGGACCACAGCAUCUGAAAUCGUGACUCGUAUUUGCCAGCGGUGGCUUCCUUCGCUGACGCGGUCACACGCUCGAGAAGCAAAAGUAGCGGGCCCCUGGUAUCCACUGCCUCCAACGAGUCACAAACAUGGAACAAGAAUCUGUCAUGCAACUUCGCCCUCAGGAUGGCGUAGCUGCGCAGACGGUGUUCACUCACACGGCAAACCCGGAGACACUGGAUCAAACACCGCACCACGAUCGCUCUGGUGCCAUCGCUGACACCAAAAUGGAAUCGGACGAUAACGACGACGAUGAUGAAGGGGUGUCGUUGAUCACCAAUCAAUCCUCCGUUCAAACACACGUGACGGCCUCAAUCGAUGACCUCAACAGGGAUGCAAGGUACCUUCAGAUUUCGCCUACCAACCCUGCCGACAUUUCGACAGUAUGGGAACUGCCUGUCUCACCACUCAAUUUCCGGCUGUCUGUGCUCAAGAAGCAAUAUGGUGUCACAAAACCCAUGGCCGUCUCGUACCACAGGAACUGCCACCUCAUCUCUCGACACUGGCACUGUCAUCCGUGCGAUAUGAUACCACCCUCAUUACGGGAAUCCACGCCGUACUCCCUCGCUCUUCUCAUUACCCUCAGGCAUGUGGCAAGCCAUACGAAAUUGGAUCUGCCCAAGGCUCAAUCCAUGCUUCUCCAAUCCUGGCAAGAACGCAUCGAACGAUUGAAAGCGAGAGUUGAGGAUGCUCCUACGUUCUUCGCGUCCAGCACAGCAGAGCGGGUAUAUGCUCCUUGCGAACCAACAAUCAUCGAACACACACCAGGUCUGACUCUGGACGAUGCCAUAGGUGCUCUUAAGUCUUCCAGAAAGGGAGGCUUUGCCAACAAGCAGAAGUUGGCGACGGAGCCGUCGGGGCAGGCAAAUGUCGAAACGACUUCCAGGUUGGCUCGCCGCAAGGCUAUCAGAGCUGAAAAAAGAGAACGUUUCAGGCGAGAGGCGAUCGCUGGGCUAGCAGGGGAACCUCGGCGUGCAAGACGGACUAGGAGCGGUGAUCAGCUCGUUGAUAUUGAGAUCGGAAGUCGGACGGAUGAUGGUACAGUCCCACCGAACAGUCCUGAUCUACUCACCCAAGUCGUUGGAUCAAUGGAGCCUGCUCGCCCUGGACUUCCAAGAGGUGGCGUACAGACGGUACAGCGAACAGAGCAACCGGAUCAAAGCUCCCGCUACAAUUCCAAGCAAGACCGGUACGAGGAUAGCCUGAUGAGUCGCAUGUUGGACCAUGUGGAAAUCGACAACUACGAGAGGCGCAAGGCGAGGACGGUGAAGCUGAUGCAGAGAGGUGCGAGCCGCAAGCCCUCCCAGCCCAACUCGAUGCCACUCGAGAAGAUGGACUUCAACUCGCUGCCGACACUGCAGACGGAGUAUCCCAGGACCGACAAGGUGGCCCUUGAGAAAUUGGGCCAAUUGUCGCUUGACGCUACACCGGAUUGAGGCUGCGCCGCUAAAUCUCUAAGAUGAAUGAGAGAGGUCGUUAAGUUGGGGGCGCUUGCAAUUGGGAAAGGCUGCCAUCAGGAUUCAUGCGGCUAGGUCUUGGCUUUGAUCUCCUGGCUGGAGAGGUACGACGGCACGUGUAACGUAGUAGACGAGCUUUCAUCUCCCACUUCUGGAGAAGAAUUACGAAAUGCCCUCUGGAAAAAUAUGAACACUGACUGAA